AUGCCACCCACACCCACACCCGCAUCUCACUUCCACACUCUUAUCUACCCUGGCACCCCCUCCUCGCCGCCACAAACAAAAUCUUCACCCGCCUCCCACCUCCCACAAGAUGACCGCACCAUCGUCAGCGCCGGCCUCUCCAGUGACGGCCGCAUCUUCACAGGACGAAGAUUAAAGAUGCAGAUUGGAGGUGCACCAGCAGAGGCACCGCGGCUAAAGCAUGAAGUUGCGGUGGUAGAUAAAGGAAGGGCAGUGCUGGGCCCGAGUGGGAGAUGUAGGCAGGUUUGGAUAGAUUGUUGGCCUGGCAUUAUGGUUGUCUUGCAGAGGGCACGGAUUGAAGGAGGGGAGGGAAGAUGUUGGGGAUUAAGAGAGUUGAUACAUGUGUAUUUGGUUGAGGGCAGCAAAUGA